AUGGAGGAGGUGGUGGCAGCCGAUUCGCUACGCUAUCCAUUUCUCGAUGCCAGCGACAGCAAGAGUUGUCUAGGGACGUUCAUGGAGCUUCUCGAAGUCGAUCAACAUUUUUCAUCGCAAUUUGAUGUGUUUGAAACAUCAUCACCCUCUUUAUCGUCUUCCUUGAUUUCAAAUCCUGAGAAUUUGGAGAUUUGGAACCAAUGGCCUACCACCCCGAAUUAUUCGUCCUCGAUCUCAUCAACUUCGAGCGAGAUCGUUAACGGUGAGCUGACGACGGAGCCGAAUCUGGAGGGGGGAGAACAGAAACAAGAUCAGCAACCAACUGUAAAAGCUGACAAGCAGUUAAAAACAAAGAAGAGGAGUCCAAAGAAGAAAGGUGCAGAACCACGAUUUGCAUUUAUGACAAAGAGUGAAGUGGAUCAUUUGGAGGAUGGAUAUAGAUGGAGAAAGUAUGGUCAAAAAGCUGUGAAAAACAGCCCUCAUCCUAGGAGUUACUAUCGUUGUACUAGUGUAGCAUGCAAUGUAAAAAAACGGGUGGAAAGAUGUUUGCAAGAUCCAAGCAUUGUCGUUACAACCUACGAAGGUCAACACACUCAUCCUAGCCCCAUUAUGGCACGGUCAACCUUCUUUCCUCCUCCCAUCUCGGCCACUCUCUACAAUGAUUAUUCAAUUCAAAAUAGUCACAAUUCAAAUGUUAUGAGCCACUCAAUUGCUUGGUGCCACCAUUAA